AUGGUAGUUGGAAAAAAGUCAGAUCUAGUUCCACUUGUUCAUAGGGAGCCGCGAGCAGAGACCUCGCACCCAGCACUUCAGACCAGAGUUCCCAUCGCAAAACGGCAGCACCCGACACCGCAGCCCCAGCCGUGUGCAAAGACGCUGCGCACGACACCUUACUCCAAGAUGGCGGUGGUGGGCUGGAACAAGAGUUCCUCAGAUGGAGAAACUAAACCCCAGACUUCACUUGUCAACAAAUGCAUCAGCGGGUCAAAAUUCAGGUCCCCCAAAGCUGAAAACAGAAAAGAGAGCAAUGACCUUAAAACAACUGAUUUUCGACCUAGCGACGAGACACCAAAACCUAAUGAGUCUGAAACGGCUAAGACUAUCACUUCAGAAAUGGAAUUAAGAUCCAGGAUGGAGGAAAAUGAGCCGUUCCUGCAGAAGCUGGGCAAAAACCCUGUCGACAAGUGUCUAGAUUUGAACAACUGUAGACUAACAACAGCGGACGUGAGGGAGCCAGUUGCUUUGCUGCCUUCUCUCCCAGACUUGGAAAAACUGGAUAUUUCCUGGAAUGAUUUCAUAGGCAGAACCCUCCAUUUACUCAUGCAGCAAAUGCAUCUUGUCAGCAAGUUAAAAAUCCUGAGGCUGGGUAGUUGCAGACUUACUGCUGAUGAUAUUCGAGCACUGGGAGAAGCACUUAAAGCGCUGCCUGAACUUGAGUUGAAUUUGUCCUGGAACAGUAAAGUGGGAGGAAACUUGCCUCUGAUCCUCCAGACAUUCCGAGAAGGAAGCAAGAAACAAAUGCUUGAGCUUGUGGACUCUGCCCUCACGUCAGAAGAUGGGGCGUUUGUGGGUCACUUGCUCCUUAGGCUGCAAAACCUUGAAGUACUUGAUCUUUCUAUUAACAGAAACAAUGAUGGCAGUCUCAACAGUAUUGCUCAGGGAUUAAAAAGUACCUUAAAUCUGAAAGUCUUGAAGUUACAUUCAUGUGGAUUAUCACAAAAGAGUGUCAAACUACUGGAUGCUGCUUUUAGAUACUUGUGUGAGCUGAGGACACUAGACCUUUCCUGCAACAAGGAGAUGAGUGGAGGGUUUGAAGACUCCCCGGGGCUGGCCACGCUCAAGCACCUGGAGGGGCUGGAUCUUCACCAGUGCUCGCUGGCGGCUGACGACAUGGUGUCGCUGACCCAGGUUAUCCCUUUUCUCUCGAGUUUUCAAGAAUUGGAUUUAUCUGCCAACAGAAAGAUGGGCAGCUCUUCUGAAAACCUACUCAGCAGGCUCCGAUUUUUACCAGCAGUGAAGUCAUUGUUAAUCAACAGCUGUGCUUUGGAAAGUGAGACUUUUACUGCCCUGGCUGAAGCCUCCAUUCUCCUCCCUGCUCUGGAAAUAGUCAACCUUUCUUGGAAUAAGUGUGUUGGCAGCAACCUAAAGCUGCUCCUGGAAACGCUAAAGCUUUCAACGUCCCUUCAGGUGCUGAGGCUGAGCAGCUGUUCCCUGGUGACAGAGGACGUGGCUCUUCUGGCAUAGGUAAUCCAGACAGGUCACCUGGCCAGGCUGCGGAAGCUGGACCUGAGCUAUAAUGAUAGCAUCUAUGAUGCAGAAUGGACCAUCUUCUGCCAAAACCUGUGGCUCCUCAAAGAGUUAACCGAGCUGGAUAUUAGCCUUCAGCCAUCAGCUUUUCGGGAGUGUGGACAAUGGUUUAGACACUUGUUAUGUGCCGUGACCAAACUUCCUGAGAUCACCGAGAUAGGAAUGAAGAGGUGGGUCCUCCCAGCCUCACAGGAGGAAGAACUAGAAGGCUUUGACCAAGAUCACAGAAGCAGCGUUCACUUUGACCAUGGUGGGUUUCAGUAAGCUGACUUCCCAAGGCUCAACUAAGCUACACACCAUCCUAAGGGGGAGGAA